UCUGAGUCAUCUGUUCCUUAAGCUUGUAUCCAGCUAAUAUUGUGAUAGAAUUUUCCUUGAAUUCCAGGAGCUAACAAAAAAGGAAGAAAAGGAAACACCUUUCCAGUCUUUGCUGAUUGACCAGUGCAAGUGGUCUUCCUCAAAGCUUUUCCAUACAGUGAAUUUAGAGAAUAGCUCAAGGUGACCAAAGCUUAUGGGUCUCCCUGAUCCUUUUCUGUUCAUGUGUCUUGUCUUGGGCAUGUGUGUGUGGCUCUAAAAAUUUUCCCCUUCACACAGAUACAAACGUUUCCUCUUCCCUAGGAAAUUGUUUCCUCAUGGUUCUGGGCACUGCACUGUAUGUCCCGGAGCCAGCAGUCCUUUGCCCCAGGCAGCUUAACUGCUCUCCCCCAGCAUUCUGAAGGAAAGCCCUGUUGAGCUACCUUCUACAUGAAGGGCAAGGUUUGGAAUGGUGAACCUGAGACAAGACAAGUGCCUGGUUCAGCCCCUCAAACCACCGUUAGAAAGAGUGUGCCAGACAUACAUGCUCCCAGUAUGUGUACGAAGAUUAGUCUGCUCUCCCUGGAACUGGGAACCAUUUGGGGAGUAUGGCCUGCUCUGAGCCAAGCUGGUGAGUGGAUGUUAUUCCAGAGGAUCCACUGAACAUAGGAUGUUGCUACAAAAUCUACCUCGAGUGUUACUCUCUUUCACUCAUGAGCUGCACCAUUGCAAAUUUGAGCAAGAUGUUUGUGGACUGUGUUGAAAAACUCUGAAGAACCUAAUUAAUACGGGAUGACCUAGGACUGAUUCUAAGUCUAUAACAAGAUACUGUUCAUUAGUGAAUGUGUCGGUCUUGGUUCUGAAUGCUGCAGAUAACAGCACCUAGAGUCUCCUUUAUUUCUGAAGCAUUCACUUGACCUUCCAUCAGUUCGACUGAAUUUUUUAAUCUGUUCCAGGAGAUAUUAAUGGAAUGCAGUCAUGUCCACUCAAGACGAGAGGCAGAUCAAUACUGAAUAUGCUGUGUCCUUGUUGGAACAGUUAAGACUGUUUUAUGAACAGCAGUUGUUUACUGACAUAGUGUUAAUUGUUGAGGGCACUGAAUUCCCUUGUCAUAAGAUGGUUCUUGCAACAUGUAGCUCUUAUUUCAGGGCCAUGUUCAUGAGUGGACUAAGUGAAAGCAAGCAAACCCACGUUCACCUGAGGAAUGUUGAUGGGGCCACCUUGCAGAUAAUAAUAACUUAUGCAUACACGGGUAACUUGGCAAUAAAUGACAGCACUGUAGAACAGCUUUAUGAAACAGCUUGCUUCCUGCAGGUAGAAGAUGUGUUACAACGUUGUCGAGAAUAUUUAAUUAAAAAAAUAAAUGCAGAGAAUUGUGUGCGAUUGCUGAGCUUUGCUGAUCUCUUCAGUUGUGAGGAAUUAAAACAAAGUGCUAAAAGAAUGGUGGAGCACAAGUUCACUGCUGUGUAUCACCAGGAAGCUUUCAUGCAACUGUCCCAUGACCUACUGAUAGACAUCCUCAGUAGUGACAAUUUAAAUGUAGAAAAGGAAGAGACAGUUCGUGAAGCUGCUAUGUUGUGGCUAGAGUAUAACACAGAAUCACGAUCACAGUAUUUGUCUUCAGUUCUUAGCCAAAUCAGAAUUGAUGCACUUUCAGAAGUAACACAAAGAGCUUGGUUUCAAGGUCUGCCACCCAAUGAUAAGUCUGUAGUGGUUCAAGGUCUGUAUAAGUCCAUGCCCAAGUUUUUCAAACCAAGACUUGGCAUGACUAAAGAGGAAAUGAUGAUUUUCAUUGAAGCAACAUCAGAAAAUCCUUGUAGUCUUUACUCUUCUGUCUGUUACAGUCCCCAGGCAGAGAAAGUUUACAAGCUAUGCAGCCCUCCAGCUGACUUGCAUAAGGUUGGAACUGUUGUAACUCCGGAUAAUGACAUCUAUAUAGCAGGAGGUCAGGUUCCUCUGAAAAACACAAAAACAAAUCACAGUAAAACAAGCAAACUUCAAACUGCCUUCAGAACUGUGAAUUGCUUUUAUUGGUUUGAUGCACAGCAAAAUACCUGGUUUCCAAAGACCCCAAUGCUUUUUGUUCGCAUAAAGCCAUCCUUGGUUUGCUGUGAAGGCUAUAUCUAUGCAAUUGGAGGAGAUAGUGUAGGUGGAGAACUUAAUCGGAGGACUGUAGAAAGAUAUGACACUGAGAAGGAUGAGUGGACGAUGGUAAGCCCCUUACCUUGUGCUUGGCAGUGGAGUGCAGCAGUUGUGGUUCAUGACUGCAUUUAUGUGAUGACACUGAACCUCAUGUACUGUUAUUUUCCAAGGUCUGAUUCGUGGGUAGAGAUGGCCAUGAGACAGACUAGCAGGUCUUUUGCUUCAGCCGCAGCUUUUGGUGAUAAAAUUUUCUACAUUGGAGGGUUGCAUAUUGCCACCAAUUCUGGCAUAAGACUCCCCUCUGGCACUGUAGAUGGAUCUUCAGUAACUGUGGAAAUUUAUGAUGUGAAUAAAAACGAGUGGAAAAUGGCAGCCAACAUCCCUGCUAAGAGGUACUCUGACCCCUGUGUUAGAGCUGUUGUGAUCUCCAAUUCUCUCUGUGUGUUUAUGCGAGAAACCCACUUAAAUGAGAGAGCUAAGUAUGUCACCUACCAGUAUGAUCUGGAACUUGACCGGUGGUCUCUGCGGCAGCAUAUAUCUGAACGUGUGCUGUGGGACUUAGGGAGAGAUUUUCGAUGUACUGUGGGGAAACUCUAUCCGUCAUGCCUUGAAGAAUCUCCAUGGAAACCACCAGCUUACCUUUUUUCACCAGAUGGGACAGAGGAGUUUGAACUGGAUGGAGAAAUGGUUGCACUACCACCUGUAUAGUUGAGUUCAGGGAGUGCAGGCCUUGUUUAUGUGCUUUGUCAUUUUCUUUGCUAAAUGAGAGAGGAUAUGAAAAGACUAAAUGUGAGUACAUAAAAAUCUAUCUUUGAUAAAUUUUAUUUUUAUGUCCUACUUAAAAAUAUUUGCAUCAGUAUAAUAUAUAUCAGUGAAUCUUACAGAAAGAUAUGCUUCCAUAAUAUGAAAUAAUUAUCCAAUAAUUGAGAAACUUUUAUAUGUAUCAUGAGAGCUUGAGAAUCUGGAUUAUCUAACAGAUCGUUAGCCCUGUGUAUGUACAGCUCAGAAGGUUCACUUAUAAAGGUAGUUUCCUGUUCCUUGUGUGGUAUAUUACAAAUUGUGCUGAGUUUAUUUCAGUAUAUGUAUUUUAUUCCUGUGCUUCUGUUCUGAAGACCUGGAAUACAGUUUGGUUUUUUUUGUUUGUUUGUUUGUUGUUUCCAUUGUAAUUAAUCCAGCUGCACUUAACACUAAUGUCCAUGAUGGUAUAGAAAUGCUGUCUAAAUCCUAUACUAUAGUUGAGGAAGAUCUUCCAUUUUAUGGUAUUAUACACAGGAAAGCUAUGACUGCAGGAUCAGUCUGUACUAUUAGGUGCAUGUAUUCUCUUUUCACUAACUUAUACUUGUCUAUCUAGACUAAAGUCUUCCAAUCAGCUGGUCCUUACCAGGUGUGGACUUAAGUUGUAGGGCUCGCAAUAAGAAUUGCUAGCCUCUUAUUGUGCGGGUCUUUGUGGAGCUUUAAUCAGUAAAUGACUCCACUUUCUGUAUUACAUUAACAUUGGCUCAUGCAUAUAAUUACCUGCUGCCAAUGUAUUUUUCCAUCUUAAAGAUUUAGAGUGGGUCAACCAGGUCAUUACAUCUUCAUUAAUUUAAUAACAAGCAUUACUGUAGAGUGAUUGUGUGUAGAUAUCCGUUAGCUGUCAGGGUGUGUUUUUUUUUUUUAACCUGUGAUUGUGUGUGUUGGGGGGGGGUGUUAGGAUUAGGAAGGUGAACUGUUCAGGAAUUCUCUGCACUAGCUGUGCAGAAGAGCAGAUAACUAGUGCUGCUCUGGCAUUAAUCCCAGGAACCACUAGCAGUAGCGGGGCACCGCCAAUCUAACAUGAGCACAGGUGCUUCAUGACAAACAUUACUAGCAUGUUCAACUGCAUAAUGUUCUGGCACUGUAUUUUGAAUGACAUUAAUUUAUUAAAUAAAUUGUAUAUAUUCAGUA